AUGUCUUCUAGAAUCACCAGAUCUUCGGCCCGUCAAGCAGCGAGCCAGGCAGCCCAAUCCUCUGCUUCUGCUCCUGCUGCUGCCACAGCUGCCGCUGCUGACGUUCCGACCAUACCAACAUCCACCCCAUCCUCUCGAAAGCGAAAAGGGCCUACUACUGACAAAAGCCCACCUUUGCCACCCGGGUCUUCAGGUCGACGGUCCAAGAGACAGAAGAUCCCCGAAGCCGUUUCUUCCCCCGCCACCACCAACAAUCACCCACCCCCAUCCAGGACUCGGAGAAGGGGAAAGACAACUGCAGAUAUGGAUAGUCCAGACAACGAGCGUUCUGGUCCUGCGAAUCCCUCCGAACCUUCUAUCCCAUCCGGCUCGUCUAGUAGAAAGUCGAGUCGAUCCAAGAAGCCCACAGGCACGCAAGACUCAGCAUCCGGCGCGACUCUCUCGACACGGAGGUCGAAGCGAAAUCUCGACAAUGCCGCUGAUCAGGAUACGGUCAUGACGGGAACCGACGAGAAUAGGGAUCCUGGGCCGCCGCCCCCACCGCCCCCUCCGAUCGAUCACCAUGACGAUGACGAUAGUGAAGACAACGAGGAUGACGAAGACGAGGAUGAGGCACGAAGAUACGAUGAUGACGACGAUGAGGACGAAGAUCCUUUUGGCGGAUUCAGCGGACCUCCAGGUUCUCUAUCGAGCACUCUGCGAGCACUGACCGGGAUGAUGUCGGGCCUCAGCCAUAGGUUACGGGAAUUGCUCAGCAGCCUUCGGUCGGAUGACCUUUCGGUCCAACUGAUAGCUCUUCAAGAGCUGUCGGAGAUCCUUUUGGUUUCCAACGAGGAUAAUCUUUCGGGCCACUUCUCUCCCGAUGCUUUUGUCAAGGAAUUGGUAACCUUGAUGAACAAGGAGGACAGCCCUGAGAUCAUGCUUCUGGCGUGCCGCUGUCUGGCAAACCUAAUGGAGGCUUUGCCCGCCAGCGUGGCGAACGUCGUCUAUGGGAAUGCCGUCCCAGUCUUAUGCCAGAAGCUCCUCGAGAUCUCCUUUAUCGACUUGGCUGAACAAGCUCUCAGCACCUUGGAAAAGAUAUCUGUCGAAUAUCCCACUAGCAUCGUCCGCGAGGGUGGCCUAACUGCCUGCUUAUCAUAUCUCGACUUCUUUGCAACAGGAACGCAGAGGACCGCCGUUACAACCGCGGCAAACUGCUGCCGUAAUAUCCCUGAGGAUUCUUUCCCAGUGGUUCGCGAUGUCAUGCCUACACUCCUCAACGUCCUCAAUAGCAACGAUCAGCGUGUUGUGGAGCAAGCAUCUCUCUGCGUCUCGGGCAUCGUUGAGAGCUUUAAAUAUCAUCCGACCAAGCUUGAGGAAUUGGUCAGCGUGGAUCUACUCCGGGGUGUGCUGCGUCUUCUCGUCCCUGGCACAACCAACAUGAUUGGAUCCAGCAUUCACACCCAGUUCCUGCGAGUCCUGGCAUUCACCGCGAGAGCAAGCCCUCGUCUCUCUGCAGAUCUUUUCAAACUCAAUGUGGUUGAGACUUUGUAUCAGAUUCUCACAGGAGUAUCACCACCAAGCGGAACUGAAGAUGUGGCAUCCAAGCUGGACAGCGUUGUUAUCAUGCAGGCCCUGAUUCACCGACCCCGAGAGCAGAUUAUCGAGACACUCAAUGUCAUUUGCGAGCUUCUGCCUAACCUGCCUAGGAACGCUGAUCCAUCCUUUGGUGAUUUCGUCGAGCUUCAGGCAUCGACCGAGUCCAUCGACGGAGGUGGCAGAAACCGGAGAACUCCCAACGAGAAGCGCAUCGAGCUUCUAGAGACCUGCAAAGAUGAAGUUCGCCGCUUCGCCCUUAUCAUCUUCCCCACCUUGACCGAUGCCUUCUCCAGCACUGUCAACUUGAGCGUUCGCCAAAAGGUCCUGACAGCGCAGCUGAAGAUGCUCUCUAAUCUCGACGAGGACAUCUUGGUUGAGGCACUGACUCCCGUCCCCUACGCAUCUUUCUUGGCUUCGAUCUUGUCGCAACAGGACCACGCAUCUCUUGUGAUGUUGGGUCUUCAAGCAGCCGAACUCCUGCUCAGUCGACUUGACAAGAUCUAUCGUUACCAAUUCUACCGGGAAGGCGUCUUCCUGGAAAUCACAAAGAUCGCAAACGAGGAGGAACCUGCCGAGACACAUCCGGAGGAGACAGAUAAGCAAAAUGGUGAGGGCGAACAGGCGGCGGAACGGAGAGAAAACGAACACUCUUCAGACCAGGACUCUGACCACGACGAAGAAGACGAUGAAGAACGCGAAUCAUCGGAUGAAGAUGAAGACGAAGAGCACGAGAACGAGAACGACGAGGCUCACAACGACGACAUGUCCCCUGUUAGCUCACGGGGAUCGACCAUGUCCCUCGAAAUUCCCCUCCAUCGCUUUGUGUCCGAUGUGCGGUCCAUGAAGACUCGUAUCCGCGAGGUGGCCGAGAAGUUCCUGGAGACACACGAGACCGAAGGCCACGGCCAGGCCAUGAAGGCCAAGGCAACGAUGAUCCUGGAUGCGCUGUCAGAGUUGGCGGGUGAACUCGAAACCUAUUAUCUCAAACGCUCCUCUUCGAAUGUCACGCCUGACAAAGGAAAGGAGUUGUUCACGAAGCUUGCGUCUUACUUCGACACGGAUGUUUUGGAGAGUGUUACUAGCGCGGAGCUUCUGGCAUCUGGCCUUGUUCGGGUUCUGCUCGAAAUCUUCAGCAACCCUGAUGAAGAGCUGGCCCGCUCAGCCCAGUCGACAUUCCUUGAAGUCUUCAUGGCAUACACUGUCAAGUCGAAGCCCAAGACGGCAACUGCUGAGUCUCCGGCGACACCUUUCAGCGUCAUGAUCCACAAGCUUCAGGAUUUGCUCAGUAGGUCAGAGCAUUUCGAAGUCAUCACCGUGCACCACAACACCUUUGAUGGCAACCACACCAGCCCGGCUUCGAUGCUCGGAAAGCAGAUUCGCCUCCGCCUUGUUGCUGAUGAGGAGUCGGAUAUCCCUCGCCCAUACCGAAAUAUCAUGGUAUCGAUCCACGCCAUUGCGACCUUCAAGUCUCUCGACGAUUACCUACGCCCACGGAUUAGCCUCACUGAACGUCCCCGUGGCUCCGCUCGCAGAGAUGGCGUUGCUCGAGCGCUUGCCGCAAUGGCUAGCAGUGCAGGCCUUCCGCUCAGUAGCGCGGCUGCCGCCCGUCUGGCCGCUGCGGAACGGACGAGCCCAUUCUCUGGAGGACCUCCUAUUCCGCCACCUCCCGCCGCCCCAACACCAUCCAGCUCUCGGCCCCUGCGAAAGCUCAAGUCUCAGCCUGCCCCCGCGACCCCAGACCAAUCUGCCGGACCGUCUCGGGACAAGGGCGUUCUUCGGCGAUCUGCACGACGACACGCAGCCACAAGUACACCUCCGCCUCCCCGUCCUCCGCCAGCAGACUCUGAUGAGAUGCAAGACACACUAGAGUGCGCUGAUGAGAAGCAGCUGACCGACGACGAGGAUGCUGGUGAGAGCAGUGCCCUGGAUGCUAUUGUUGGCGAAUUGGAAGAAGACAUGGAGGAGGAAUCGACACCAGACGACACCUCCGCUGUCAACAUGGAGGUUGCUACUGGUGGACAUGUGACGGCACGCAAGGAGGAUGGCACGAGAAUCGCAACUCCCACUGGAUCCGGUGCACCUAGCCGUGCCAGCGGGCCUUCCGGAGGCCAUGGCACACCAACACCUUCAGCGGCGUCACGACCUUUGUCUUAUUCCUCAGCUCUCCAGUCUGUACCCCAGGACUGGCAUAUCGAGUUCAGUCUCGAUAGCAAGCUGAUCCCCAAUGAGACUACCAUCUAUCGGGCCGUCCACACCUCGGCAUCUAACUCAGAUGAGCACCUUGGCCGAAGCAUCUGGUCAACUGUGCAUCCCAUCAAGUUUAAGCGUGUGCCUGGACCUCCCCCAGCCGAAACACUUUCCUUCACGUCCAAUGUUGAGGCUGAUGGAGAGGACGAGCACGGCAUCCCUGCAUCCCUUGCGAAACAUCCGACCACAUCGUCGAUCCUGCGUCUACUCAACAUCCUCCAUGACCUCAAUUCCAACAUUGAGGAUGUUCUAGUCGAGCACAAGACCAGCAUCAUCGGCCUCAACGUUGAGCCGCUCUCUCAAUUUGUGAAUACCAAGCUCACCGCUAAGCUUAACCGCCAACUGGAGGAGCCCCUGAUCGUGGCCAGCAACUGUCUGCCCAGCUGGUCCGAAGACCUGGCACGACUGUACCCCUUCCUCUUCCCAUUCGAGACUCGACAUCUCUUCCUCCAGUCCACAUCUUUCGGAUAUGCCCGAUCGAUGACUAGGUGGCAGAAUACACAGUCAGGGGAGGACAACAGGCGAGACCGGAACAAUGAGCGGCCGUUCCUGGGCCGACUUCAGCGACAGAAGGUUCGGAUAUCUCGCCAAAAGAUUCUGGAAUCUGCGUUGAAGGUGAUGGAGCUAUAUGGUGCCUCUCAGAGCAUCUUGGAGGUUGAGUACUUUGAGGAGGUGGGCACGGGUCUUGGUCCCACGCUUGAAUUCUACUCGACGGUCUCGAAGGAGUUUUCGAAGAGGAAGCUUAAGCUCUGGCGCGAGAUGGAUUCGAACGGCUCGGACGAAUUCGUUUCUGGUGCUACUGGUCUUUUCCCACGACCUCAGAGUGACGAGGAAGCCGGAACACCCAACGGCGAGCGUAUUCUGCACCUGUUCAAGAUGCUUGGAAAGUUUGUUGCACGAUCCAUGAUCGACUCUCGCAUCAUUGAUCUCCACUUCAACCCAAUCUUCUUCCGCAUCGGAGACGCGACUUUGAGUGGAGUGAAGCCAUCACUGGGAGCUGUCAAGAUCGUUGACCCCGGCCUGGCGCGCUCACUGAAGGCGAUCAAGAGGUUCGCCCUUGCCAAGAAGGAAAUCGACGAGGAUCCUGCUCGAACGGCGGCGCAGAAGGUGGCUGACACAGAGAACAUUGUCAUUGACGGGGUCAAGAUUGAUGACCUGUGCCUUGACUUUACCUUGCCCGGCUAUCCCAGCAUCGAGUUGGAGAGCAAUGGCUCCCAAAAACGAGUCACCAUUGAUAACGUGGACUCGUACCUUGAGAAGGUCAUCGACAUGACUCUUGGCUCUGGUGUUCGCCGGCAGGUUGAUGCCUUCCGCACUGGAUUCUCGCAGGUGUUCCCCUACUCGGCGUUGAGUGCUUUUACCCCAGACGAGCUUGUGACUCUGUUUGGCCGAGUCGAUGAGGACUGGUCUCUUGAGACUCUCCUUGACUCUAUCAAGGCGGAUCAUGGCUACAACAUGGACAGCAAGAGCGUCAAGAACUUGCUUCACACGAUGAGCGAUUUUGAUGCUGCACAGCGCCGCGAUUUCUUGCAGUUCACAACUGGAAGCCCCAAGCUUCCGAUUGGAGGAUUCAAGUCUUUGACACCCAUGUUCACGGUGGUGUGCAAGCCCAGCGAGCAUCCCUACACGUCUGAUGACUACCUUCCUAGCGUUAUGACGUGUGUGAACUACUUGAAGCUUCCCGACUACUCCACCAUUGAUAUCAUGAAGAAGCAGCUUUUCACGGCAGUCAAGGAAGGCCAAGGGGCGUUCCAUCUGUCUUAAAUUGGUCUAUCAGUCUUGAAGAGGCGAAAGAUGUAAUACCGAGGAGGGUGACGAGGCGUUGGAGCUGAUCAGGGGCAUGUCAAUGGACGCCCCCCAUGCAUUACAGAGCAAAUGAUACCGGUAAUUCCUUUUUUGGACGAAUCGGCAAGAAAAGUUCUCAUACUCGCUUGAUGCCGUCACGACACGACAUUACCUAUCUCGACGAUGGCGCGCUGGGAUGAAUGAAUGAAGGAAGGAAGGAAGGAAAUAGAAAGGCAGGGUUUUGUUUGCCGCGUGCCCACAGAAAAAGCACAAACAUUGCAUUCAUGGUUUAGGUGGAAUUCAGGCGCAGGGAAUUUCCAUGAGAACUGAAUUGGAGGAACGGACGGUACGACAGAAUUUCAUACGUCUUCCUCCCAUCUUUGGGAUGGAUUGGAGGAUACGAGAGAGAGGCUUCUAGGGAAAAGGGAAGGGAAAGAUGGGUUGUGAACAAGUAACGCCUCAAUCAAGCGCAGUAGUUAUAGACUUUAUCUGAAAUUGAGUGAAUUUGGGCUCUUUUUGACA